AUGUCAAGUAGAGGCGUCGGAUAUGGCUACAUGGCCGCGGUGUUUGUGCAAGUCAUAAGCAUACUGAUCCUCUGGCUGUUUAGCAAAACCGCCAUUCAGAAACGCCAUCCAAGUCUGCCCAUCCGUGUCAUUUUAUUGCUCGUCGGUAUGUGGUGGGCCGCGUUGACGACGCCAACACUCCUCUGGCUUCGUCCUCGACCAGGGCCUCCACUACCGUCUCAGGAAGCCAAGACACUCUCGGCCCCAACAUCCAGAUUCCGCACCUUCUUGUUCUACACACGCUUUUCCCUGCGAUCAUUUUGGCGCACUCUGCUGCGCGCAAUCAGUCUACGACAGACGCUCAUGUUCCUCAUCUCGUGGUUCCUGCUCUCCGACGCAGUCGCCACAAUCUCUGGAACAGCCGUGUUGUUCGCACGCACAGAGCUCCACAUGGGCACCAUUGCAAUCGCUCUGCUCUCAAUCACGUCCAUUGGUUCCGGUAUCAUUGGCGCUUUUGCUUGGCCUCGGGUCCAGAAGCGCUUUUCCUUGCAGCCAAAGACGAUAUUGUUGUGCUGCGUGGCGGGCAUGGAGAUGAUUCCAUUGUAUGGGCUGCUUGGGUUCAUCCCGCUGUUCAAAAAGCUCGGGUUCAUUGGUCUCCAACAGCCGUGGGAAAUUUACCCAGUCGCGGUGCUUCACGGGAUCGUCAUGGGAGGCGUAUCGUCAUAUGCACGAUCGGUGUAUGCACCGUUGAUCCCAGAGGGCAGUGAAGCCGCGUUCUUUGCACUUUACGCCGUGACAGACAAAGGCAGCAGCGCGUUUGGUCCAGCCCUGGUGGGUUGGCUUGUGGAUCACGCAGGCAGCAUAAGGCCAGCCUUUAUAUUCCUGGCAGUGUUGGUGGUGUUGCCGGCACCGCUGCUGUGGAUGCUUGAUGUGGAGAAGGGGAGGGAGGAUGCCAAGGCUAUGGCAGAUGGAGAGGGACGAGGUCGCGGGACAUAUGAGAGAGUGCGCGAGGAGUAG